UUUUCUUUUAGGUGUUUAGACAAGGCUGCAAUCAUAUUGCCAAGAAUAUCAACAGAAGAACAAGCAAAGAAUAGAUGGAGACUAUGUAGAGUCACAGAAGUGGAAGAGAUCAAGAUGUGUCUAAGAUUGAUCCCAAUAGGCAUAACCUUGAUUUUCUGUGGUGUGGUUUCAGCCAUUGGGAACUCAUAUUUUAUAAUCCAAUCAAACCACCUAAAUGAAAAACUCGGUCGCCUCCCUAUCCCAAUCACAUUUUUUCUUGUCAUAUACGACAUGGGAAAGACUCAUUUCGGAAACAUACAUUACAAAUUCGCAAACAAAUUAGGUGGAUCAGGAUCAAGACAUUGCGCUCCGACAAUCGGUAUCGCAGUCUCGAUGAUAUUCUCGGUUAUUUGCUGCAUUGUGGCAGCGAAAGUUGAGGCUAGAAGGCUCGGUGUUGUGAUCAGCCACAGUUUGAUGGAUAAGCCAGACGACAAGAUCCCCAUGUCGAUCUUCUGGUUGCUCCCACAGUUUGUUCUUCUAGGAGCUGCAGAUGGGAUUCUCGAAACAAGUUUGACUUAUUUCUUAGUGGAUCAAGUUGGUCCAUCCAUGCAAGGCCAUAUAGCUCAUUUCGGUAUUGGUGUUACGGGGAUGGGACAGAUGGGGAGUGUGUUGGCGGUUUAUGUAGCUGGGAAGGUUAGCGAAAAAGGAGGGAAAACUGGAUGGUUUCAACAUACUUUGAAUAAGAGUCGGCUCGAUAAAUAUUAUUGGACUUUGGCAUGGCUAAGUGCGGUGAAUCUUGGAGUUUAUGUGGUGAUGGUAUUGUUAUAUUCUUAUCAGAAGUCGAGAAUCGUGGAAGAUCAAGGGGCUCUAGAGGAGGAAGACGAUAAUGGUACCCAAGGUCAUUUCCAAGACGAUGCUCAAUGUUUUUGUUGUUGUUAA